CCCGCCCGCGCCUGCCAGCUGCCCUCCGACUGGAGGCCCCUGAGCGAGGGCUGCCGCGCGGAGCUGGCCGAGACCAUCGUGUACGCCAAGGUGCUGGCGCUGCACCCGGAGGAGCCCGGCCUCUACAACUACCUGCCCUGGCAGUACCACGCCGGCCAGGGGGGGCUCUUCUACUCGGCCGAGGUCGAGAUGCUGUGCGACCAGGCGUGGGGCAGCAUGCUGGAGGUGCCCGCCGGCUCCAGGCUCAACCUCACCGGCCUGGGCUACUUCUCCUGCCACUCCCACACCGUGGUCCAGGACUACUCCUAUUUCUUCUUCCUCAGGAUGGAUGAAAAUUAUAACCUCUUGCCUCAUGGAGUCAAUUUCCAAGAUGCCAUCUUUCCAGAUACACAGGAAAACAGGAGGAUGUUUUCCAGCCUUUUCCAGUUCUCUAACUGUUCCCAAGGGCAGCAGCUAGUGACUUUCUCCAGUGACUGGGAGAUCCAGGAAGACAAUAGGCUCAUGUGCUCCUCGGUGCAGAAGGCGCUGUUUGAGGAGGAGGACCAUGUCAAGAAGCUGCAGCAGAAGGUGGCCACGCUGGAGAAGCGGAACAGGCAGCUCCGCGAGCGGGUGAAGAAGGUCAAGAGGUCUUUGCGGCAGGCGAGGAAGAACGGUCGCCACCUGGAGCUGGUGAACCAGAAACUCAGCGAGAAGCUGGCGGCAGUGGCGGGCACGCUGCCGCACAUCAACGCCCUGGGGCGGGAGCCCGCGCGCGCCCCCUACCUGCGGGGAUAGCCGGGCGCAGAGGGCUGUGGGGGCCCUGCCUUUCCCGGUGGGAAUUAGGGAUGACGCGGCUUUUGUACAUGCACCUAUUUCAAACCUUGUAGGAGAUGUUCUGUUAUGCAUUCGGUAGGGUCUAACUGGAUAAAGCGUCCAUUCUUGCUUUCCCCUGGGGUGCUGGCCCUAGCAUGAGAACCUACGUGCUGGCGUGACCCCAAAUAUGGUGUCUGAAGUCGAGAGGCAGCAGAAUCCUCAGGGACUAUGUGCUGCCCCAGAAUCUGACCUCAGCUUCUUGGAUGGAGGCAGUCUGGAAAGUGCCCGGGGUAGGGAGAAAACAUUUUAAAAUCUCAGUGUAGAAAGCAUCAAGGGGUUCAGUCUUUAUUUCAGAAGAGAGUCAGCUCCCAGAUCCAGGACAAGCAUGAGUGCCAAGGAGGGAUCUAAAGCAAGUCCUGGAAGCUUCUGAUGCCCCCUUGUCCCCAUCUUUGGAAAUAGGAUGCCUAAUCGCAAAUGUGCAGGGCAUCCCUGCUCUGGGCAACAUUCUGCGGGCAGCUGAGGCAGCUUAUUAGUUAAUGAGCUCAUCACAGGUCAGGGACUUGAGUCCAGAGUGGGGUAGCAGGUGAUUAAACAAGAUGAAUUAUACCUGAUACCCAACACCAGCUCCGCGGGAUUGAUGAUAAUACCUACAGAUUACUUGACUCCAGAGGGCAAUUGCCUUUAUGGGCCCACGUGUUCCAUCCGACUGCACUCCCAAAUUGGAAUUUAGCUUGGCCACUGAAUUUCCAACCUCUUGUUUGCUCAGUAAUUGCUUCUAAUGUCUCUGAGUUUCGAGUGAGCUGCCCCAAUACACUGUGAACUGUUCUGCAAAGACACCUCUUCACCUAUUGAGAUCGGGCAACCUUACCUCAUUCCCAAACAGGCUCUCAAAGGGCUUUCUGCAGGCAUUCCAAUUUCUGCUUCUUUCUGAAAAUUUACACCCCUCACCCCCAACAACAACAACAAGGGAGAGGCAUGUCUAUGCCCUGGUAAAAAUAGUUGCACAUUAGUGCACUUGUGUUUAUACUAGUUCCUUAAACAAUCAAAGCACUUCUUUGGAAAGAAAACUUUUAAAGCAAUACAAGAAGAAAAAAAAAGAGCAUUCACUAAUCACUUAAGCACAUUUGAUCAAACCCCAGCUGUGUUAGUAAGUCAGCUGAAUGAUCAGCUCUUGUUUAUCUUCCAAUUGUGGCCCUACAAACCAAGUGUCCUUUCCUGCUGUUUCACCAAAAGAAGCUGUUGGCCCAUAUCAAGGUCUGCCAUCCAGAGACCACCCUGGGCACUCUGGGGCUCCUGAUACCACCUUCUCCAUUAGAAACUGCAAUCACUCUUAGAGUUCCACUUUUCUACUGUUAGGAAAGCCAAGUGCUUCUUGCUAUUGCAGCUAGUCUAGGAAUGUGAACCUUGUGUCACUUAAGUCUUGGUGUCAGGAUGCUGCCCCAGGGGGAGAUAGGAUGGGAGCUUUUGCCCAGGGGCACUCAACUGCCAAGCUUCUGCCACCAAUUUGUUAGUUGUAUUCUUCUUAUUAUGCUGCAUCACAAGAUGCAUUUUCUAGUUUAUUCAACCUGGGGACAUUUCAUUAAAGCAGUUUUGCUCCUACUCAAGGGAAUGGUAAGCCUAGAGGUGACUUACAGCCAGGGCUUAGAGAACUGUGGAGCUGGAUCCCUACAGAUGCCUUAUGUUCUGCUUUUCCAAUAAAUAACGAGCAGUGAUGUAAACCACAA